AUGACCGACUUGAAACAAAAAAUUGGCGAAGUCAACAUUGAGCAAACAUAUGUCGCAGCAUGCAGUGUUGUUGAAAACAGUCAAGACAGAUGCAAAACAGGCGAAGGUAUCUCGAUGCCUGCGGAAGAACAACCCAAUAUGGAGACGAGCUACAUAACAGGGAUUAAAUUAUGGAGCAUGCUUGCUUCUUUAGUUUUGGUCUUCUUUUUGCUGCUUUUGGACAUGUCUAUCGUGGCCACAGCAAUUCCAAAAAUUACUUCACAAUUUCACUCACUACAUGACGUUGGCUGGUACGGAAGUGCUUAUCUUCUAUCCAACUGCGUGCUCCAACCACUAACGGGCAAGAUUUAUGUCCGGUUUAGCACGAAAAGGACCUUCAUAGCCUUCUUCGGCCUCUUCGAGUUUGGAUCACUUGUAUGUGGUCUAUCGCAAAGUUCCAAAAUGCUUAUUACCGGCCGCGCAAUAGCGGGUAUGGGUAGCUCCGGAUUGAUGAACGGAGGCAUUCAAAUGUGUUACUUAGCGAUUCCCGCUCAUCGGCGUCCUAUGAUCAUGGGGGUUCUUAUGUCAUGCUCCCAACUUGGAGUCCUCUGUGGCCCGCUGCUCGGAGGCUUGCUAACUGAGUAUUCAAGCUGGAGAUGGUGUUUCUACAUCAAUCUUCCCAUCGGCGCACUUGCUACCAUAGCCAUGGUGUUUGUGAACGUUCCCAAGGCCCUCACAAAGGAGAUGGCAACAAAUGUUGAAGAUCAGAAGAGCAGAAUCAAAUUUCUACUCUAUGAUCUUGACAUUGCAGGAUUCGCGCUAUUUGCGAGCUUUUCGGUCAUGGUCGUACUUGCUCUCCAAUGGGGCGGGGUGGAUUAUGCUUGGUCUAGUGCAACUAUUAUCGGUCUGUUCGUCGGUGGAGGAUGUUCGUUGCUGAUUUUUGCGGUUCAUCAAUACCGACUAGGAGACAGCGCCAUGUUCCCAUGGUCUGUUGUUCGACAGCGAGUUGUUUGGUCGAGCAUGGUGACGAUGUUCUUCUUCUUCGGAUCGCAAAUAAUUGGAAACUACUUCUUACCAAUCUACUUUCAAACCAUACGGAACGCAAGUCCUGCAAUGAGUGGAGUCUAUACGCUUCCCUCCAUAUUCAGUAUGAUGGCAGCAUCAGUUGGAUCUGGUGCGCUUUUGAGUCGAUGGGGAUAUUAUCUGCCCUGGGUUAUGGCAUCUGCGAUCCUGGCUGCAGUCGGCAAUGGCUUGCUAUCAAGUUUGGGAUUGCACACAUCAACGGUUAGAUGGGUCUGGUACCAGAUUAUUCUUGGCUUCGGUCGAGGUUGUGGCAUGCAAAUGACAAUCGUUGCUGUGCAAACAAACUUGCCACCAACUACGGUUCCCAUCGGACAGGCCAUGAUAAUCUUUGAGCAGUAUUUCGGUGGUGCACUCUUUCUCGCCAUUGCACAAGCUCUAUUCAACGGCAAAUUAGAUAUGGGCUUGACGGAGUACGCUCCUCAUGUUGAUGCUCAGAGCGUGAUUCACGCUGGUGCCAGUCGCGUGCGAGAUAUAGUGUCUUCUGAUGACCUGUCAGGAGUACUUUUGGCAUACAGUAAAGCCAUAAAUUCCAAUUUCUACUUGGCAGCGGCUUGUAGUGCCGUGACAGUACUGACAGGUCUAGGCAUGGGUUGGAGAAAGGUGGAACGAAACAAAUCUGCAAAACAUGCGCGUGCGACGACUGGAAAAUCUGAGGCGACCGACAAGUAA